CUUCCUGCUCGGGGCCCUGGGAACUGUGUCCCGCUGGGGACUCAGAGGAACGGAGGCCCCGGAGACUCUGGGAGAUGGGGAGGCCCGUGCUGAGAUCCUGCAGAGUGGACUGACCAGGCUGAGGGCACGGAGAUGCAGAGUUGCUGGACCGGCAUCCUGGCCGCGCUGGUCAUCCUGGUGGGGCUGGCAGAGGCUGUACCCAACAAUCAAAUCCUAGAGGGCCCCAAGGAUGCCACGGUGCUGGUGGGCUCCGAGGCUCGCUUCAACUGCACCGUGUCACCUGGCUGGCAGCUGCUCAUGUGGCUGCUGAACGGAGUGGUGGUGCUGAGCCUCACGCCCAGCAUGGUCAUCGUCACCAAUGAGCGCUUCACCACCGAGAGAUACCCCUCAGGCAGCGGCGGCCUCAUCUCGGAGCUGAUAAUCCACUCUGUGCAGCUGGGUGACGCUGGCCAGGUCAGGUGCAGCCUCCAGGACAACAGCCAGAACAGUAUAGCGCUCCUCUCCGUCCAAGCUGUGGGGACACUGCUCAUCCCCGAGACCGAAUAUCUGCUCAGGGACCAGCCUCAUAAUGUCACCUGCCACGCCUCGGAUUGGACCCCUCUGCCAGACCUCUCCUGGGAGCUGGAGAUUCAGGCCAUCAACUGGAGCUACAGUUCCGUCCUGGAGCCUGGGGACCCCCACAGCAUAUCCAGCGUGCUGACGCUCGUGCCUCAGGACAGCGGGGCUGUGACCUGUGUGGCGCACAUGAAGGGGCUGUCCGAGCCCAGGUCGGUCACCGUCAACCUCACAGUGGUCUCUUCCCUGAGCAGCGAGUCAGGUCAGGCCCUGCCCACCUGGGCCAUCGUGCUCCUGGCCGUCUCCCUUACGCUGCUGUUGAUCCUGAUCAUUGUCCUGGUGGUAAUAUUCUGCUGCUACUACCCUUCGAGGCGAGAGAAGAAAGCAUGGAGUUACCAGAGUGAACCAAGGAAACCUGCAGAUGUGAAGCCAAAUGCGUUCUCGGAAGUCAAGACCAAGGGCGGAGAGGAAAACUAUGGCUACAGUCCUGAUGAGCUGCAGACCGGCAUCAAGAGGGUGGGCGGGCCCACGCAAGGCCCACGCAGGCAGGGCAGCAGAGAAGAGAUUGUUGCUUCUACCCCUGUCAAGUCUAGUCGACCCAGGGUUAUGGAAGACCAUGGCAGCGUACAGCGUCAGCAGGUACCCGGACACCGCCAGACAAGCUUGGCCCACGUUUCCUUUGCGGUGGCUAGUCCUCGGACGGUCAGGAACGCGACCAUGGUAUAGUGCUCUCCUACACAUCAGCCCUGCUGUGUGCCGAGGUCUCAGACUGGGCACCGUGGCCUGGGAGGACACUGCCCGCGCCAGCCUGCCUUGCUGACCAUGCUGGACUCUUUGCUGCUAUUAGAAUCUGACAGUGGGAAAAGGAACAAAGGGACCAAGUCCAAGCUGCCGCUGUGUCCUGAUGAUUCCACCGGCCCCCACCGAGCACGCCUCCUCGAUGACCCCGCAGACGGGGAUGGGACUGGCCAGUGUGUUUCCCAGUCAAGUCAGAUGAAGAUGCCAUUGAUGAGUGUGAGAAGUUGGGGCAUUACUGCUUCUGAGCAGAGAAAAAGGAGCAUAGAAAUAAGUAGCAAUCAGAAAGGUGGAUUGUCUGGAAAACGAGAGGACCCAGGCUGCAAAUACAGAAACAUUCUACAGAGGAUGUGUAGGUUGCAAAGCACCUACUGUCCUUGGGUCUUCACAGGAAAACCUGCAUGGGGGUCCAUCUCCUCUGGGCUUUUGUGUCCUUGAACCAGGUAGAUGUGGAUGAUGCUUUGUAUGGGCCGGGAGACCACCGAUGCCACCAACACACUGUCAAUGGAUUGUGUGUUAUUUAAUAAAAGAGGAGGUAC